ACUGGCCCAGCCUGUUUCUGCUGUCCCCCACCCCACCGACGGGAUAAAGCCUGCUGUCUUGGAGCCCAGGGAGACGCUGGAGCUGAGCACGAUGCAGGGCCUCGCGUGUGGGAGCCGGGCUCCCCUGGGCCUGCUCCUGGUCUGUCUGUCUCUGCCAGGCCUCUUUGCACGGAGCAUUGGGGCACCAGAAGAGAAAAUCUCCCCACAUGCGGGAAAACCUUCCUUCACCAGCCUCUUCAAGCUUGGGACGGCUGGCUUGGGACAGCCUCAGACCAAACCAGACCCAGCGACUAAUGAACUACCAAGGGUUCUUCCAAGGCUCCCCGAAUCCCCACCAGAUGGCGCUCUACCUGAGGAGGGCUCAGAGGAGCCCAGCCAGCCUUUCUUCUGGGAGGGGUCCCCCCCCAUGGAGUCCUGGUUCUACGAGGACCCUCAGCCAGGGAUGGAGGCCGCUGCCAACGACCGCUCGGAGCAAGGACUUCCAGAAGCCCUGCCAUACCUUUCCAGGGACAGUCCCGGACCUGUGGCUUUCUCUGCAUCCGAGGCUUCCGGCCCCGAGGACUCAGAGCCUGAUUCCAGCGCACUGAGAACGGAGGCAGAAGAAGCCUUUGCCCAGCACCCAUUCUGGUUUCUCAUCCGCAGAUUGCUGCCUGGUUUUCCCUGGGGGAUCCUAAGUCCCAAUGUGCCUUGGGGAGGGGCGGGAACUGCGUGGGGAAGACGGCCCAUGCCAUACCCUUCUGGAAUAUGGGGUAGCAAUAGUCAGCUACCAGGUACCAGCUUGGUGGGCAACAGUCGGUACCCUCUGGGGAGCUGGGGGGGCUAUGGUCCAUAUCCUGCAGGAAGCUGGGGGGGUAUUGGUUGGAAUCCUGCAGGAAGCUGGGGGGGCAAUGGUCCAUAUCCUGCAGGAAGCUGGGGAGGUAAUAGUUGGAAUCGGCUUCUUCCAGGAGUCCGACCCCCUCGUCCCAAUCGCCUUCCCCCAGGAGUCCGACUCCCUCGUCCUAAUCGCCUUCCCCCAGGAGUCCGACCCCCUCGUCCCAAUCGCCUUCCCCCAGGAGUCCGACCCCCUCGUCCCAAUCGCCUUCCCCCAGGAGUCCGACCUCCUGGUUCUUCUGGGAACAUCCCAAACCUCAGUUUCCCGUGAGCUCAGCCGAAGCUCCGUCAUGUUGGGUCACAUGGUUUCCCUUUCUCGCCCCAUUUUUUUUAAUGCUUCCUCUGUUGACCUAAGCUGGUCGCCAAUAAACACAAGCAGUUCUUGAA